AUGUCAAGCAGAGUUACUCGAUCCACGGUGAAGUGUCAAGAUACUGCUCCGAAGGUCUCCGUUUCAUCUAAAGGAAAACCAAACAAGGCUCCAACUCCUGAUAAAUCCACUACAUUCUACUCCAACUUGAGCGAGAAAGUAUGGGCUUUUGUUGUUCAAAGAAAAAUUUUAUCUGAAAGGUUGGUACAUGAUGCUGAGUUUAAGGAGAUAGGAGUUUUUGAGCUUCUUAAAGAGCAAAAUUUGCUUGGAACUGUGACUAAAGUGCAGCCCUUUGUGAAAAAUGUUGUUCUUGAGUUUUAUGCAAACUUGGUGAAAGAGAUUAAUAAUCCUGCCAUUGAUAUGUUUCAUAAAGUAUUUGUCAGAGGCCAUUUCUUUGAUUUUUCUCCUGCUGUGAUAAAUGAGUUUCUUGAAAGUCAUCACCCGGUUGUGGAUUUUGAGGCCGACUAUGAUGUGAUUAUUGCUGAAAUUACUGCCAAUGUACGAUGUAAGUGGCCUCCAGCAAAAUCUUUCCCUGCAUUAGUGUUGAGCCUGAAAUACUCGGUUCUUCAUAAGAUAGCCUUGAAGAAUUGGAUGCCGAGUAUGCAUGCAACAGGAGUAAAGAAGCCACUAGCAAAGCUACUAUACUUGAUUGGUACAGCUACCUCCUUUGAUUUUGGUCAGUUUGUAUUUAAUCAAAUUAUCAACAAUGCUGAAGCUUUCACUACUCAUCCGGUCCUGUCUUUCCCGUCUCUUAUUUAUGGGAUUUUGUCAAAACAAAACAAUGUCAAGAAGUCUCAUGAGUUGUUUGAGAAGGGGUCGGGGGUAAUUAGAAUCUCGAAGAAGCUGCAUUCUGGAAAGUAUGUGGAUGAUGUUCAGGGGGAGCAUAGUGGUGUUGCAACAAGUUCGUCGCAGUUAACAACGGCGGUUCUAAAUGCAAGGACUGCUCAAUUUCUGUCAAAGGAGCCGCUACAUCUAUCCACUUAUGAGACUCAUCUUCUCCAAGAAUUGAAGCGGGUUGGAUGUAAGAAGAAGGAAAUUACUGCUAUUCUUGGUGAUAUUCAGUCUUCCUCUGUGGCUGCAGAAAAUGAUGGUGCAUAA